AUGUUGAAGUUUAUCUAUAUACAUUUUUUUUAUGUUUAUAUUUUGUUGUGCCUUUGUUGUGGUGCUACUUCUUUUUCAUGUUCUUAUGGGGAGUAUUUCAAAAAUAAUAAGUGCUAUCCUUGUGGGGAGAAUAAUUAUUCAAGUUAUAAGAACUCAGAAGGUUGUUUUAAGUGUCCUCCUUCUAGUUUUCAUAAGAAAUUAGGUGCAAAGUCAAUUUAUGAAUGUAUCUGUGAUACGAAUUAUUAUUUGAACUACUUAGGUAAUAGUUGUGAUAGGUGUGUAGAUUUAAAUAAUAAUAUUUCUUCUUCUUUUUAUUGUAAAGAGGGUUUAAACAUUUUGAAUAUAGAUAAUAGGAAAUUAUUUUCUGUUCAUAAUGAGAAUAUCACUUUUCAUGAUAUGGUUGAAACUUGUUAUGUAACUAAAGAUAUAAGAAAUAUAUAUCCCUAUAUAAAUAAUAUAUUUAUUUAUUGUAAGAGACCUAAUAUAUGUUUAAAUACAUGUGGUGUGUGUGCUACAGGGUAUGAAGGUUUUUUAUGUGAUAAUUGUAUAGAUGAUUAUUAUAAAAAUAAUAUAUAUAUAAAAUAUUCAAAUUGUAAAAAAUGUUAUUCUUCUAUUAUUUUAAUUUUAUUCAUUUUUCUUGUAUAUUCAAUAAUAAUAGUUUAUUUUUUCAUGUGUAUAAUACAUAAAUGUAUAAAUAUAAGCUUAUAUUUUUAUGAUAAUAAUAUAUAUAAGGAGGGUACUAUAUAUUUCUUACAUUACUUUAGAGAAUUUAUUUUUUACUUAUCUCUCAUGUUGAUCUUAGCUCUUUCAAAUGAUUUAACAGAAAGUGAAAGAGAAAAUUAUAAUAUUUUAUCCAUAAGAAAAGAUGAAGAAAUGUCAUACAAUUUACAUAGUGGGGACAUAAGAAAUCAUUAUUAUAUGAAUAUAUAUAUACAUAACUUAUUUUAUGAUUUUAUAAAAUUAUUGUUCCUACAUUUUUUGAAUCUUUUACCUAUUAAAUGUUUUCUAAAAAAUAUGCAAAAUGACAAAAAAGUUCAUUUCAUAUCACAAAUUGAUUGGAUACAAUUUUUUGUAGGUAUAUAUAUUUUGUUUCUUUUCUUUUUUUUUACCAUAAUAUGUAAUGUGAUAUAUUUGUGUGUCAUGAAAAAAAUGACAUAUAAUAAUAAUUUGUAUCUUGAACGAGAACAAAAAGAAGAGCUAUCUAUAAAUAUAAAUUUAAAUGUAAAUAACGAAACACUACAGAAGAACUACUCUUUAAAUUAUGUUCAUAGGAACAGGAAAAGAAAAAAUCCUAAUUAUUUUUUUGAAUAUAUAAUAUCUUAUUUAAGGAAAACCAAAAUAAAAUACCUUUUUUGUUAUUACAUAUAUCCAUUGUUCAUUUCGAACUAUUGUUAUUUUGAUUAUAUACAAAAAAAUGAAGAGGAAAUUAAAAAACACGUUCUGGAAGAUUACAACAGGAUUAGCUUUUUAAAAAGUACUAUACAAAUAUAUUAUUAUCAAUAUAUUUUUAUAACAUUAUAUAUUUGUAAUUCGUUGAUAAUGUUUAUAUAUCUUUCACCUUAUAUAUGUAUAUCUAUGUUUCAAAAUAAUAAAAGUUAUUAUGAUCCUGCUACUUUAUGUUAUGAUAAGACAGAAGAAAAUUUUAAUAAAUAUCUUGGCAUAUUUAUUAUUUUUUCAUUGUGUUUUUUAUUCUACAUGAUUGUUUAUGUUUGUCUCUAUAGAAUGUAUUAUUAUAAUCAUAAAGAACACGAUAAUUAUAGUAACAACAACAAUAAUAAUAAUAAUAAUAAUAAUAAUAAUAGUAAUAGUAGUAGUAAUAGUAAUAGUUAUAGUUAUAGAUAUGUAUAUAUGUUUGGAUUUUAUACUUUUUUAUAUAAAAAUAGUACAUAUUAUUAUUACAUUUUAAAAAUAUUUUUUGUCAAUAUUUUAUUCAUAUUUGUUAUUCAAAUGAAAGAUAAUUUAAGUAGUGUUACCAUUUUUUCCUUUUUGUUUCUUGUUUUUAUUUGUGUCUCUUUAUUUAUUGAUCCUUACAUAAAAAUAUGUAACUACAAUAUAAAAUAUGAAAGUAUGUUAUUUAUGUUUUUAUUUUUUUUAAGUAUACAACUAGAAAUAAUACGAUUAAUAACGUAUCAUAUAUUGUUACGAAUAUAUCUUUCUUUUAUUAGUUUAUUUAUAUAUUCCUUCAUUUUGCUUUAUUACAUGUUUUUUAUGAUAAAGGAUGUAUAUGUUUAUUUCUCUCUUUACAUGAAAUAUAUUAAGGAAAAGAAAAAACAAAAAGGAAAUGAAAAAGAGGGACAUGAUAAAUUAAUAUAUAAAUACUAUUUUUAUUAUUACAUUAAAAAAAAAAAAAUGAAUAUAAAUAUUUCUUUUCAUGAAAUAAGGCAAAAUAUAUCAACAAAAAUGUGUUUGAAAAGAAUUCAUAAUAUGAUGGAGUCAGAUGAAGAUAUGGAAAAAGAUAAAUUUGUUGGAUAUAUAGGAAAGAAUCACGUAGAAUUUAUAUAUGAUCAAUGUAUUUUUAUAUCUCCUUUUAUUGAAGAAGCUAUAAUUCAAUGUUUAUUUUUAACUAAAAAUAUAAAUCAUGUAAUUUGUUUAUGUUCUGAUGGGGAUUAUAAUAGAAUAUACAACUUUUUGUUCGAAAAUGGUUAUGUUGAAAUUCAAAAAACAUCAGUAGAAAGAUUUUUAAGUAGAUCAAUUUAUAUAUAUAAAAAUACGUUCAAAUAUAACACUCCGUUGUUUAUCAAAGAAAUUGUUAACAUAUUUACCAUUCUUGUUAAGAAGCUUCAGUGUUUCAAGGAU